AUGAAUUUGGCUCUGACGAUAUUUUAAUCAACACCAGUGGACACAACUCUCCCAGUGCUCCCGGUCUGUAGUCCUGUGGUUUUUAGUCCGCCUCGCGCCGCGCAGCGGGGCGCUGGUCGCCACUUCCUGGAUGUCAACACGCAGCGCGCGACUCGGAUCCGUCGCGUUCUCGGGCGCGCCACAGAACGAGACUCCGACAGCACGAGCACGAAGUCGAGCCGUGUCCCGCGAACUUUUACACUUUAGCGCCGCGCGUGAGGAGUUUAGGCCGACUUCGUUCUCCUCUUGAAGUGUUUGGGAAAAGUUUGGGCGAUGCAAGCCAUCAAGUGUGUGGUCGUGGGGGACGGAGCCGUGGGGAAGACAUGUCUGCUCAUCAGCUACACCACCAAUGCCUUCCCUGGAGAGUACAUCCCCACCGUGUUCGAUAACUACUCGGCCAACGUGAUGGUGGACAGCAAGCCGGUGAACCUGGGGCUGUGGGAUACUGCCGGACAGGAGGACUACGACCGGCUGCGACCGCUGUCCUACCCACAGACGGAUGUGUUCCUCAUCUGCUUCUCUCUCGUGAGCCCCGCCUCCUUUGAGAACGUCAGAGCAAAGUGGUACCCAGAGGUGCGGCACCACUGCCCCUCCACCCCCAUCAUCCUGGUGGGCACCAAGCUGGAUCUGCGGGACGAGAAGGAGACCAUCGAGAAGCUGAAGGAGAAGAAGCUGGCCCCCAUCACCUACCCACAGGGCCUGGCUCUGGCCAAGGAGAUCGGUGGACUCGGUGAAGUACCUGGAGUGCUCCGCGCUGACCCAGCGGGGGCUGAAGACGGUGUUCGACGAGGCUAUCCGCGCGGUGCUCUGCCCCCAGCCCACCAAGCCCAAGAAGAGGGGCUGCCAGCUGCUCUAACCCCCCACAGCUGGGCUCAGGGACCACCACAAUGGCUUACCACCCGAGAACAUAGUAUAAAGUAUAUUUACCCGCAGAUUAACAGCAGUGCUAGGCGCCAUCAUACCCAUCAUCACACCCUCAUACCCUUACCCUCUCACGGUCAUGGAGACUGAGGCCCAAUCCCAUUUCUACCCCGUACCCUUACCCCUCCCCCCUUCCCUUUACCCCUUCAAAACAAGGGGGAGGGGUAAGUGGUAGAAAUGGGAUUGGGCCUGAGUCUAGAUACUGACUCAUCAUUUGGCCGUCCGACUGUAAGAGAUACGAUGGCAGGUAACAUCUGAUUAGUUCAAUGAUUAACUCUAUAGAUUAACUAUAGAUCUAUAUUGACGUCUCCACAUUCUGUGAGUACUGAUUGGUUGCCUAGCUCUGUUGUUAAGGGAUUUAGUAUCAGGGAGUCGUGCAUAUUAUUAUUGUCGAUCAUACUUAGGGAUCAUUUAGGCAACACUGUAUUCAGACGGCAGUAAACCAGAUCAAACGGUUGAACCAGAUAAAACGGUUAAACCGGUUCAAAGGUUCAAGUGCACACGCGCGUGCAUGUGCACUUGAGUAUUUUCUGUAUUUUGGAGGUAAAAACCGCACUUGGUGUUUAACAAGAACUCGUGCCGCUGCCCAUAAACAAUAUCUUAAGGUAUUUAUUCCCCACGAGAGACGAACAAACGAUAGCUUUAGGACGAGCUGUUCGACGUGACCCCAUCAUGUUUUGCCAUCGCCAGAUUUAAAGGUCCCAUGGCCUGCCACCAGGUGUGGUGGGAUUAGCCGUUACAAGCUGUUUUGGAAAUCUGCCCUUUAUGACAUUUAGGUGGACACGCCCACCUGGGAUGUCGUAUGGGGCAGAUUUCCAAAACGGCUUGAAACGGCUAAUCCCACCACACCUGGUGGGAUGCCAUGGGACCUUUAAGGAAAUAUUAAUAUUUAAUGGAAUGAAAGUCUGUUAGAUAAUCCAACUGCUUUGAGAUUAAAGCAUUGAGCUGUAGUCUAUGCGUCCUACCAUCUUUAAAAAUGUUUCAUUAAAUCAGUUAUUUGGUAGUUUGUUUACAUUCCUUUUUGUCUUUUCUAAACAAUGAACUAUUAUUAAAUAAUUACUCCACACAUUAAACUCAUUAUUCAAUCAGUGUGAAGGUUCAGUUCUGCAGCCACGCAGUGUUAAAGGACCACUUGAAGGAUUUAUUUGAUUUGAGUGCUAAACAUCCAUUGGUCCAGAGUACUUGAGUCCCCCCCACAAGGUUAGCCCCGGUAAAUCAGCAGCAGUGCCUGUUUCUCACCAGGGGGGCGCUGUCGCGGUGAUGCGAUGACUGGUCCUAGAAUCGAGUGAUCGAGUCUCAAAUUUGUAUCCAGUUCUUUACAUGUGUUACUGUGUGCUCCACACAACAGCCUAAAGGUUAUUUCUAUCCAGGCUUUUUAAAUAAGGGCAAUUUAUGAUAUUACAAGUGCACACCAAUGUGCUCCUCUCUUGUAUUAAGCCGGAGCUCUAACAAAAGUAAAAACCAAACACCUCUUUGAGUGAAAUGAGCUGCAGGCCAUCACUGCGGUCAUGCCAGCUGACUCAUCGAGAUCGGCGGUCAAGCCAGCCGACCCAGUUUUUUGCCGUACCUGUGUAUACUAGCCAUUACGGUAAUAGCGUCUCAGAACUAGUUUAAAGUAAAAGCAUUCGUCGGGUACAUACAAAAAGACAGUCAAUAAAAGCAAAUACUAUCAAAGGAAGUGUACGGCCGUUGUGGUAUUUACUUUCAAAAUAAAAGCCCACCAAAAAUUCCAAUAUGAGACAUAUUACAAUGAUUUUUGAUUCAAUUUAAAGGAAAAUGCCCUGUUAUUUCAGGCUCAUUUCACUUCAUGGUUAUAGUUCACGACCCCAUAGGGUCACCCAAGAGGUUUCAGAACAUUCUGAUGUGGAGUUUCAAAAUAAAAGCCAACCAAAGUUUCCAAUAUGAGACAUAUUACAUAUGAUUUUGGAUUACAUUUAAAAUAAAAUGGUAUUGGACCAUUCAUAUUGGAAACCUUGGUUGGCUUUUAUUUUGAAACUCCACAUCAGAAUGUUCUGAAACUUCUUGCGUGACCCCAUGGGGUCUUGAACUAUGACCCUGAAGUGAAAUGAGCCUGAAAUAACAGGGCAUAUUAUUUUAAAUUGAAUCCAAAAUCAUAUGUAAUAUUUCUCAUAUUGGAAACCUUGGUUGGCUUUUAUUUUAAAACUCCACAUCAGAAUGUUCUAAAACCUUUUGCGUGACCCCAUGGGGUUGGAAUUAUAACCCUGAAGUAAAAUGAGCCUGAAAUAACAGGGCAUUUUCUUUUAAAUCGAAUCCAAAAUCAUAUGUAAUAUGUCUCAUAUUUGGUGGGCUUUUAUUUUGAAACUACGCAUCAGAAUGUCCUGAAACUUCUUGGGUGACCCUGUGGGGUCUUGAACUAUCGCCCUGCAGUGAAAUGAUUUCAUUUUCUUUUAAAUCGUAUUCAAAAUCAUAUGUAAUAUGUCUCAUAUUGGAAUGUUUGGUGGGCUUUUAUUUUGAAAGUGUGGUAGAAAUUAACCUUACAUUUUAUGUUAAACUAUGAUUAUUAUUAGGCCUACAUAUCAUAUAGAUACUUUAAUAGUGGAAAACAGCUGAUCACCUUUGGCCUAGAUGUUAUGUGCCGUGUGACACCAGUGAGUGAGUCCAGUCCAUUCCCAUCUGAUGUGUCACACCAGUAAGAGAGUCCAGUCUACUCCCAUUUGAUGUACUCUCUGAAGACAAUGCUUACAUUCAGACGUGUGCAUCAUCUCUGUUUGUAUAAGGAUAAUAUAUGUUCUAAGGUCACAUUGGGAUCCAGAAGACAUGAGAAUAUGCUGACAUCCACACAGUAUGACCCAGAAAAACAUUCUAUGCACAUCAAUAUUUGAUGAAAGUCCAACUUUGUAUUGUGUAAAGGAUUGGGGAUAUAAGGAGCUGUCCGGGAUCAUUCAGCAGUGUGUAUUCGCGAAUACCAUUCAGCUUUGUUGUCUCUCGUUUGCGGGUGGCAAUAAACUCUCCAUCUAUACUUGACCUGGACUCCCCGAUUCCUCUUUGCUUAUAGCUAGUUGAAGUGAAUUAGAUAAGUUGUUAUUAUUAGUGCCACAACAAAAGUAAAUACCACAACGGCCGUACACUUCCUUUGAUAGUAUUUGCUUGUAUUGACUGUCUUUUUGUAUGUACCCGACGAAUGCUUUUAUUUGAAACUAGUUCUGAGACGCUAUUACCGUAAUGGCUAGUAUAUACAGGUACGGCAAAAAACUGAGUCGGCUGGCUUGACCGCCGAUCUUGAUGAGUCGGCUGGCUUGACUGCAGUAGGCCAUCAGAGAGCAGGUCGGGGAGAGGCGUCUGGCUCCUACAGGAGCAGCAGGACUUGCAUGUUAUUUAUACUAUUAGUUUCAGUGUUCAGAAAGAAACACAAUCACAAUCACCCUGUCGGAUUAUGAUUGUUUUCCCCGAAGCGAGCCGAGAACAUAUUUCCCCAAGGACGACAAUGGCAGACUAACUAGAUGAUGAGCUUCCAGAUCUCUGUGAGGAGAGAGUGAGAGAGGAGCAGCAACUGGAGGAACCAAACCCAGAUCCUCUGCACCACCAUCUCAGACGCUCUAAUGUUAGACGGUAUGGCUCCUAAACACUGAAUCUGUCUAGGCUCCUAAACACUUCCACGCUGAACCCACAGAAGUAUGUCCGUAUCUGGUAUCUGUUUUAGAUCAGUAGCUAAAAUAUUGAGAACUGCGGUUGCUGAAACAUUCUGUAGAACGACAGAAUGACGUUUUGGUGGAACCACUACGUUGGCCCCGAUCCUAUUUAAGUUGCGAGUACAACGAGGCCGACGGCGUCUCUCCAAGCGAAUACUGGGAUCGUUUGUCGAUACAGAGGACCGUCAAACCCCACGGUCCCUCUGAGUGUUAUCGUGUUGGAGGCAGUGGCUCAGGAGGUAGAGCGGGAAGACUGGAGUGCCGAAGUGUCCCUGAGAAAGACCCCUCCUGACUGCUCCCGGCCAGCUGGCUGUCGCCCUGCGUGGUUGGCACCUCCUGUCGGUGUGUGAAUGUGUGUCUGAACCGUUGUUGUCGCUUUGGAUAAAAGCGUCUCUGCAAAAUCCCCUAAAUGUUAAUGUAAAGGAAAUGUAAAUGUACUGUAAAGGUAAUGUAAAGGUACUCUAAAUGCGGGCGUUGUCCCACUGGGUCGGGGUUAGUCGGUGGACCCUCUCCCAGGAUGUGGACAAUGCAGAGUGCUUGCAGAACGAAGGGCAGACAAAAGAUGUUUAUUUGAGCCUGUGAAGGUCUUAAAAGCGGAUUCCAUUAGCAGGCUUGGUUGUGAACACUCUCACUCUGUCAUUCUCCUCUAUUUCUUAGUUGGCAGUAAAUGAGAACAUAACAAAACCCGAUGGAUUCACGGCCUUGGUUUGACAAAGCGCUGUCGUCCUCGGCUCGCAGUGAGGACAAUAAAGGUUUGAAUGGCUGCCAAACAAAAAUCCAUCCAGCGACAGAUUGCCCACCGCAUUAAAAAUAAAAGGAUGGUGUGCGGAUUCUUAAGAGAGAGAGACGGAUGAUUCUGGAAGGAUCUGCGUACUUUUUAAGCUGAAAAUGAAAAGCUGGGCUCUUUGGUCACCCACGUAUCUCGGCGUCCAGGGACAUUAGGGGGUGCCCUGGGGAGGAUGAGCGGGCGAGGGCGGGGUCUGAGUCCCGUUGGCCCU